CCUGGAACCCCUGAGAUGUUGGUAUGGCGACGGAGAAGACUUGCUUGGCAUGUCCCGUGCUGGUGGUUGCACCUCUUCCUCCGCCAAUAGAAGCACUGCUGAGCUAACUACAACAAUUUCAGCCGCGGAUGCCUCGUAAAGGUCAUUACUGUGACUACCUGACCACCACUACCCGUCGAAGGCGAUGGGGCAGUCAGCUGUCCUUGUUUGCCAGGAGUGGUAAGCCACUGUCCCAAGGUGGCUUGCGACAUAUUAAUGUGUACGAGGGAGCGAGAACGGACCAGUGGGAAGGCGGAUGGCUUGCAGGUGCCGUGCCUGAGACCUCUGGAGCCCCGGGCACCACAGCAAGGGGGAGGGUUCACUUUAUGCCUUCGGCUAAUCCGGGAGGAGCUGCCGUACACUGGGUCCACACAAGUCGCCAGUGUAAUGCAGGCAGCGGGAGUCUGCGCUCUUUCUCUGCAUGGUCACUUGGCAAGAGACGGACCAAUACUUUUCCUUCCCUGCAGAUGCUUGGGGGCGCCACGAUGGGUCCAUGCGUGAGCAAAGUGCACGGCACGGUAGCCCAUGGCUUUGGCUAUGCCUUGCUCAGCAGCACUGUAUGGAAGCGUCCGAGGUCCGAGGUGACUGGAAAAGAGGGUUGUAGCGCCGUCUUCUCUCCAUAGGUGCGCAGCAUCGCUUCCUCCUUGCCUUAAUUGGCCAUUGUUUGUCUUAAGUGCUUUGGGCACAAGCCACAUGUCUUCCUCUUUGGCGGGGUUGUC